AUGAAAUUUCUGGAUAAUGUGGAACUAGAGUCACUCGUCUUAAAAUUAUCCAAGGCCAGUCGACGAUAUGCACUAGAAGUUUGCUUGGAGAGUUAUUCUUGCAAAAUGGUCACUGAGGAGAAGCGAAAUUUUAAGCAGUUGAGAGCCAGGCUUGAAGAAGAGGGGUUGCAAGAAUCUUGCCUAAAUCUAAGUCCCUCUUUAACGUUUAAGGGAAUGGAAUCUCUGUCAGGAGAAAGACCUGAUUAUGACAAAUAUGUUAUGAGUGAUUACCAAGCUGAGCUUGACACUAAUCCCCAAUCUCAAUCCCGAUCUCGCAACCCAUCAAUUUCCUCUGCGGGACAUUCAGAAUCUGCUGCGAAAUCUGGUCCUACGAUCACCGCUAAAGAGCUCUUCUGUCUCCAAGUAACCCUUGAACAAGCUUUCAAUUCUUACUUUUUGGACACAUCUAGCGAAGAUUUCGCUCUGGAGCCUGAAUUAAUGAUUGUGAAGAGAUAUAUUGCUCAAUUUUGUUCAGUUUAUGUGGACAAGUAUGAGCAGUAUUCUUCGGAUUUGUGGACCCAUAUUGACCAGGAGAUUCAUCCAAAUAGAUGUAUAAUUUAUAGCUACAAACCGGAUCGCUCACGUGAACCCUACGACACUAGGUACAUGUCCCAGUUCAAUUAUUUUUUCUUUAAUCGCUCGCUCAAGCGUGUUCUCUUCUUCUCGAUGAUCGUGAGAGAUUCCCCUCCGGAAGACGCUUACGAUGAAGAAGAAAUGGAAGAUAUUUUUUAA